CAUGAUAUGGAGGGGGAUAUUGCUCAUGUCAUGAUGUGCAACCCCGGCAGUCAUCUUCAACUAACAAGAGACCCCCCACACACUCACCUAUCAAAACACGCGUCUACAGUAGGUAAUACUCGGCAUUGCAUUCUGUUGGUCCAGCAUCGGCCGCUUUGCUCCGUCAUGAUAUCAACGGGUUACUUUUACCCCUCACCUGCGGGCAUAAAAAGGUCAAGGCCGUUCGUUCCAUUCCCAACUCUUCUUCUUUCCCUCUUCAUCAAUUCAUCGACUCGACCCAAGACACUCGAAGAAUAUCCAAGAUAUCAUAACCUGUACGGCUCUCCUAAGCUAUCUCAGCAGCCAUGGAGCCUUUCAGUGGUAGUCUUGUCCAGACCUGAUUGGGACCUCUCAGGUAAAGUAUCAUGCAUGAGCCGGUGCCCAUUCUUCUCUCAUCAGCAUGAUCAGUCCAGACUGGUCGUGCUGAUGAUAGGGGGAUGUGGCUGAGAUUAUACGGCAAAACUUGAUCUGGAUAAUACCAGCGAAAGGAUCAUGUCAUCUCCCCUAUUGACCACCCGACUCUAACAACAACAGGCCCAAGAUAGAAAUGGCCCCUCCCGCUGCUGUCUCCCCUCCCUCUCGUUCUGCAGAGCUUGCUACAUCUACCAAGCUCCCAGUCAUGAGCAAGAACAUCAACACCAAGACUGUUGAGGAGAUGCUCGGUCAGUGGGAUGACUUCAAGUUUGCUCCCAUCCGUGAGAGCCAGGUCUCCCGCGCCAUGACCCGUCGCUACUUCCAGGACCUUGAUAACUAUGCCGAGUCUGACAUUGUUAUCAUCGGUGCUGGUUCGUGCGGUCUGAGCGCUGCGUACAUCCUUGGCAAGAAGCGUCCCGAUCUCAAGAUCGCCAUCAUCGAGGCUUCUGUUUCUCCUGGUGGUGGUGCUUGGCUUGGUGGACAGCUCUUCUCCGCCAUGAUCAUGCGCAAGCCUGCUGAUGCUUUCCUCCGCGAGGUCGGUGUUCCUUAUGAAGAUGAGGGUAACUACGUUGUUGUCAAGCACGCUGCCCUCUUCACCUCUACCAUCAUGUCCAAGGUUCUUCAGAUGCCCAACAUCAAGCUCUUCAAUGCCACUUGUGUUGAGGAUCUCAUCACCCGACCUUCCGAGGAAGGCAUCCGCAUUGCUGGUGUUGUCACCAACUGGACUCUUGUUUCCAUGCAUCACGAUGACCAGUCUUGCAUGGACCCCAACACUAUCAACGCUCCUUUGAUUAUCUCCACCACCGGCCACGACGGCCCCAUGGGAGCUUUCUGUGUCAAGCGCCUUGUCAGCAUGCAGCGCAUUGAGAAGCUUGGUGGUAUGCGUGGUCUUGACAUGAACCUCGCUGAGGAUGCCAUUGUCAAGGGAACCCGCGAGAUUGUUCCUGGUCUUAUUGUUGGUGGAAUGGAGCUUUCUGAGGUUGACGGUGCCAACCGCAUGGGCCCUACCUUCGGUGCCAUGGCUCUCAGUGGUCUGAAGGCUGCCGAGGAAGCUCUCAAGAUCUUCGACACUCGCAAGAAGCAGAACGAUCUGUAAGCGAGACCAUCUAAGAAGGUCACUGCUGGGAAAGGGAACGUGUGAAUUCAGGAUCCUGAACCUCGUCUCUCAUUCGAGGCAUCGAACCUUGUCAUUCAUUUAGCCUGAGCGACUCAAGUUUGGAAAUCAUGAACCCAAAGCCGGAUGUCCCUCGGAAGAGAAGCCAAAUAAAGCAAUACUAAGUUGAACAAUUGUCUGCUAUGUCAUUAAUCUCGCUGUCGUGAUAUCAUAAUUUCGCCCACUUGUUAUAUCGUCACUUCUUAUCCUCCACCACCUCUGUCACCUCUGUAAUGUCCUUGGCCUCAUUCUCCCUCGUAGGAGGGAACUUCAUCCCUCUGUUCUUAUCAUUCGGAUGUGCACUCGGUCCCCAGCCUCCAAGGCCGUCGGCCAUGGCAACUCCUCCAAGUCCAGAAAUCGGCCCAGCUGUUGCGCUACCCGCGAGUUGAUUCUUUCCGACGCCGGGUUGAGUAUCAGCCCAAGUGCCGAGCUCAUCGCGAGUCUUGCCCGUAUACUUUAGUAUAUCUUCAUCGCUGAGUGGUACACUCUUUUUGCCGGCUUGGAAGCGCUCAUACAGCGUCUUCUUGUCCUUGGCCUCUUCGGAGGGAUUUGAUGAGGAAGACGACGAAUUGCCCAUGUUGGUAUUGUUGAUAAAGAGGCUUCUGAUUUUGGUUGAGAUGAUGUUCUUUGCAGUAAAGAUGACUGGAGUAGUGAAGAUGGCCACUUCUUGGCAGGUGAGCUUCUAGAACAUCCGUAUUUAUAGAAUUUGCUGGGGCGAAUGGUCGUCGGAAGCUGAAUGCCUAGCGUCACGAGGCACACAGCGUAUUCAUACAAACAGGGCGAUUGAUUGACACCCUCAGCCCCCGCAGAUCCCGACUUGCCAUGUCGUAUUCCCGAUCUGGUUUCCGAAUAUCUAUUGGGCGUACAAGACCAAGGCAGAGUAUUGCCGUCCAGUUAUCCUAUCAUAAUUCAGCAAAGCUUCGCCUCGAUCUUUCAUCCUUCAUCUUAUCUAGCCGCAAGACAGGUGCCAAUGAACACCGGCACACUCUAGUCGAGUCAAUGGGACUCAAGACUGUACCAAGUGAUGAAAGUGUUAGGAGGUGUAAAGAAUCUUUAACUAAAAGGCUCUUGAAUGACUUUGUUCUCGCAUCUGGUUGCAAAGUCUCUAGUUUUCCUCCCCUGUGACCCCUCAACAUUGCAACGCUUACAGGAGCAACUGUUUCACUGGAGGAUUUCUGAUCAUUUGCAAUUUGGCAC